AUGGCAAUCGACUAUGGUCAAGAGCCAAAGAACCGCACCUCAAACGGCCUGGCCAACUCGGUCAAACUCUCGACAAACAACUUGAACCGAAAUGGUAUUGUUGCCGAGCCAGAGGCUCCUGAUCAGCACAUAGCGGAUCUGUCGUGGAUUGAGGUCAAAGAAUUAACAUGGCUUGUCAAAGUACGCGCGAAUAUGGAUGUGUAA